GGUUUAAAAAAACAGAAACUGAGAGGUGAAAGAGAUUGGAUUGAAAAGUUUAGAGAUAAAAUUAUGUGGAGGCCAAAUAAUUUAGGAGAUUUAGGCAAAAAAAAAGGUUGAAUAAAGAGGUGAUGAGUGGUAAGCCGUAGGGUACAAGAGCACAUGCACAGGUGAUAAGGGCAGUUGGUGAUGCUUUUGAUCAGUAGUUGUGCAGUUGGUGGGACACAGACUUUUUUUUUUCUCCUUUUGAAAUAAGAGAGCAUACAUUUCAAAACCAUAAAAAUCUUUCCUUUUCGUUUCUCAGCUUUCAAACAAGAAAAAUACAUAUUAUUUUAUUCAUCCAUCCAAUUGGUAUCUUCAAAGAUCCCAUAUCCCAUAUAUAUCUCUUGUUACGACUGAUUGUUGUAUUUUCUUUAAUUGCACAAGAGGAGGAAUAAGAUUAGGAUUAGAAUGCAGCGGUUGCAUGAGAGAUUCAAGGCCUUCUUCAAUAACAGAUGGCUUGUGUUUGUUUGUGCAAUGUGGGUGCAAUCAUGUGCAGGGAUUGGAUACUUGUUUGGGAGUAUUUCACCUGUGAUCAAGAGUUCUAUGGGUUACAAUCAGAGGGAGGUGGCUAUGCUUGGUGUGGCUAAAGAUUUGGGUGAUAGUAUUGGAUUUGUUGCUGGUGCUUUGUGUGAGGUCUUGCCUAUUUGGGCCAUUUUGCUAAUUGGGGUGUUUCAGAAUUUUGUUGGGUAUGGCUUGCUUUGGCUUAUUGUAAUCCAAAAGUUGCCUGCUUUGCCGCUCUGGGUGCUUUGUGUUGCUGUAUUUGUUGGGACAAAUGGUGAAACCUACUUCAAUACAGCAGCUCUAGUUUCCUGUGUACAGAACUUCCCCAAAAGCCGAGGUCCUGUUGUUGGAAUCCUGAAAGGAUUUGCGGGGUUGAGUGGUGCAAUUCUGACUCAGAUUUAUACUAUGAUCAAUUUCCCUAAUGAAGCAUGGUUGAUUUUCAUGGUUGCAGUCGGGCCUUCUAUGGUUGUCAUCGCUCUAAUGUUCAUUAUUAGACCUGUAGGAGGUCACAGACAAGCUAGGCCAUCUGAUAAUUCAAGCUUCUUAUAUACCUACAGCAUCUGCCUAGUACUGGCAGCUUAUUUACUGGGAGUCUUGAUACUUGAGGAUGUAGUUGAUGUGAGCCAAAGUUUAGUCACAUUAUUUUCUAUAAUUCUGAUAAUUCUCAUAUUGCUUCCUAUUACAAUUCCUGUUCUAUUGGUUUUCUUCUUUGAACCAAGAUCUCAAGUAGAAGAGACCCUUCUUCCUGAGCCAGAGAAACAAGAAGGGGUUAACUCUGGGCAGGAGCAGGAUGCAAAUGAGGUCAUUCUAAGUGAGGUCGAAGAUGAGAAGCCUGCAGAAGUGGAAUCACUUCCAGCAUCAGAAAGACAUAAACGAAUUGCUCAUUUGCAAGCUAAACUCUUCCAGGCAGCUGCAGAAGGAGCGGUGAGGGUCAAGCGGAAGAAAGGCCCACGUAGAGGGGAGGAUUUCACUUUAUUGCAGGCAUUAGUAAAGGCAGAUUUUUUGCUUAUGUUUUUCUCUCUAAUACUGGCUUCUGGAUCUGGUUUGACAGUUAUUGACAAUCUGGGUCAGAUUUGUCAAUCUUUGGGAUAUACCAAUACUAGCAUAUUUGUCUCCAUGAUCAGUAUUUGGAACUUUCUUGGCCGUGUUGGUGGUGGCUACUUCUCUGAAGCUAUCAUUAGAAAUUUUGCCUACCCAAGACCAGUGGCAAUGGCUGUUGCUCAGGUUAUCAUGGCUAUUGGACUCUUCUAUUAUGCAAUGGGUUGGCCUGGAGAAAUAUAUGUUGUAAGCAUUUUGAUAGGACUCAGCUAUGGUGCCCAUUGGGCAAUCGUGCCUGCGGCAGUCUCAGAACUAUUUGGACUGAAGAGCUUUGGUGCUUUGUACAAUUUUCUUACGCUUUCGAGUACUGCUGGUUCUCUUAUAUUCUCUGGUGUGAUUGCUAGUGGUAUAUACGACUACUAUGCAGAAAAACAAGCAAUCCAACAGCUAAAUGCAGGAUCUAUGCUCGCCGCACAUCUUGUUGAGGAGGAAUCACUUACUUGUGUGGGUUCAAUAUGUUAUUCCCUCACUUGUGGAAUCAUGUCAGGUCUUUGCAUUGUUGCUAUGAUACUGAGUUUGAUUGUGGUUCAUCGGACUAGGAGUGUUUAUGCUCAGCUCUAUGGAAAGACUAAUGUUUGAGUUGAAAGGAUAACUGGAGAAGCACAUAAGUGCUUUCAAAUCAUGAAUGGGGUACAGUUACUACCAUUGUAGAUAAGAUCUUGCUGAGCACUGAGCAGAAGAAGGCGAAGCAAAUAGUAUUCCCUUUUGUUAGCAUAUAAAGUAAAUACCAAGUCAGAUCAAAGGCAGUCGCUUCAUUUUGAUCAUUCUCAAAACAAAUUAUAUUCCUUGUUUGUUUCUGAAAUUUUUUUAUGCUCCGACCUGAAGGUCAUUAAGCCAGGAUAUAUCAUGCUUCAUUGUGCUAUACUGAAUUGAGUGAAUUCGUUUUGUAUUCACUGAAAUCAAAGAAGGAAUCAUUGUAUUUUAUUAUCCUUC